CAGUCGACGAUUGUACUACAGAAAGGCUAUACAACUGCAAAAAGCAGUGGAAGCGUCUUCUGUUUUGUAAACGCGUUUCGCUCAUCUGGUCAAUGGAUUACACAGUUUCUCUACAAGUGCAACAUCAAUUGACGGUGUUUCCGACACACUUGUACCAGGGCUACAGUUUGGAGUUACAGAUGAAGUCUACAGAAGUGGACCAAGGGCUUUUCACAGACAGCUACUGCAAAGUGUGCAGCGCUCAGCUCAUCUCAGAGUCUCAGAGGGUUGCCCACUAUGAGAGUCGGAAACAUGCAAACAAAGUGCGUCUGUACUACAUGCUACAUCCCAGAGAUGGGGGCUGUCCAGCUAAGAAGCUCAGAACAGACAAUGGCAGCGAGGAGGGGGACGUGGACAAGAACAAGUGCUGUACGCUGUGUAACAUGUCGUUCACCUCCGCGGUGGUGGCACAGUCACAUUACCAGGGUAAAAUCCACGCCAAGAGACUGAAGCUGCUUCUGGGGGAGCAGCCUGCCAUCACAGCCAAAGAGGUGCCGCCCAGUCCAGUAAAAAACUCCCCAGAAACGACCCCUGUGACCUCGCCACGGCAACGCCGGGAUUCAGACCGCUACUGCCAGCUAUGCAACGCCUGGUUCAACAACCCGGGUAUGGCGCAGCAGCACUACGACGGCAAGAAGCACAAGAAGAACGCAGCCCGCGCAGACCUGCUGGAGCAGCUGGGGAAGACCUUGGACAUGGGAGAGAUGAAAGGUCUGAAACGUAGCUAUACCUGCGAGGUCUGCAGUGUCACACUCAACUCUGUGGCGCAGUACCAUGCACAUCUGCAAGGCUCCAAGCACCAAAACAACCUGAAGAAUCAGAUAUGUGUCCAAUGAGUCUUGAAGUGAAGAACAAAACAACCAUUGGAUUGAUGUCAGACAAGCUGUGGUCAGCUUGCCCGCUUCUUUUGCCUCUGCUCUACUCCUUUCACUCUCUCUCUCUCUCUCUCUCUCUCUCUCUCUCUCUCUCU